GGGUCAGCGUGUGAUGGGGAUCGGACCGUAUACCGGUAUCGCAUACAAAGAAUGGAUAAGGGUGCACAAAGGUCAAAGUUAAACAGGAACAAAACAAAGCCAUGUUCACCUCUAUAUUUCACAGCAAGCAAGGUGGUGCUCAGCAGAAGCUGUGCGAAACAUGAGCAACAUGGGUAUGGAGUCUGUCUGGUUGCUCUGUGUUGCUUUCUACGUUGGUUCAGCUUUCUCCCAAGGAGUUUCAGAUGGAUCUUCAAGAAAGUUUAAUGACCCCAACCUUCCCCCAUCCCAAUACCCCUUUUUCUUUCAAAGUCACCCCGAAAUGGCAGAGGAUUGUAGGCUAGACGAAAGCUGUCCAUACAAGGCAGAUUUAGAUCAGGCGAGGUGUUGGGGCUAUGAAGAAGGGUGCCUUGUCAGCCAGUAUCCAAAUUUUCCUGUUUGUACAGAACUAGCUAUAGGUUGGGCGAAGGAUAUUGAAGAACAACAGGAACUGUUUUGGACCCAGGCUGAUUUUGGUUUCAUCAAACAUACUAUAGAAACAAUGAAAGUUAUAUGUGAACCAAAGUCAGAGGAUGAUUCAUUACUGGAGUGCAGUGAGCUCAUACGUCACUGUCGAGCCAAGAAUUUAUACCUUGAUCUCAGAAAGCUUGAAUCUGCUCACAAUCGUAAAAGAUUUAGUGUGGAAGCUUUCAACAAGCCAGGUGUAGUUGGUGGCCACUGCAAGCUGGACCGAGACUACCUCAAGUCUCAGAGUAAACACUUCUCAGAACUACAGUCAUGGUAUGGAGAGUUAAAUGAAUACACAGAGACUGUCUUCAAGCCUGUAAAACACAAGAGAAAGUGCGAUCUAGUGAUUACUCGUCCAACUAUCUUCAUGAAAUUUGAUUCAGGUGUCAAUAUGUAUCACCACUUCUGUGAUUUCAUCAAUCUUUACAUGUCUCAACACAUCAAUGGAAGCUUUUCACAAGACAUCAAUAUUGUUAUGUGGGAUUCAAGUAACAUGGUGUAUGGGGAUCUAUUUUUUGACAUGUGGUCAGUAUUCACAGACACUCACUUUCUGCAUUUAAAAGAUUGGGAUGGCAAGAGAAUAUGCAUUGCUGAUGGAGUCUUCAGUCUGUUGCCACGUAUGCAGCGAGGCAUGUUUUAUAACAUGCCUCUGGUGCCUCAUUGCCAGGGCAGCAGCCUGAUGAGAGCAUUCUCACAGCAUGUACUGCAUCGACUUGGAGUGACACAAGAAGGACCUAAGAAAGACAAAAUACGAAUUACACUUCUUGACAGGCAGACCAAGCACAGGAAUAUUGUUAACCAAAAUGAGUUGGUAGAGGAGCUACAAAAUAUGCCUGGGGUGGAAGUCAAUGUAGUUGUAUACCACUGGCGAAACAUGAAAAUUGCUGAUCAACUUCAGAUUACACAUAACUCAGACAUCUUCAUUGGUAUGCAUGGAGCUGGAUUAACUCAUCUACUCUUUUUACCAGACUGGGCUGUUAUCUUUGAAAUUUCUAACUGUGAAGACGAGAAUUGCUACAAACACCUGGCUGCUAUACGAGGUGUUAAGUAUAUGACAUGGGAGGAUAAUGACCUGGUGCAGAAACAUAAUGAGAUCGAUCACCCAGCCCUGGGCAAGCCACAUCCCAAGUUUUGCGACUAUAAAUUUGAUGUGCCAGAGUUUAGACGCCUUAUCCUGCAGGCCGUAGCACACGUCAGGGAUCAUAAAGCUUACAGACAACCCCAUGAAAAGGAUGAGCUUUGACAAGCAGCAUCGUAUUCUGCAAUCUGGUACUGCUUUUUGUGUCUAUGAUUAUUUCUACUUGUUGGAUUCAGGGUGGAUAGGACAGAUUUGUUUUCAUAUUGCGGUGGUGGUGGUGGUUAUUUUACCUGACUGCUAAGAAAGCAUAAAUGCAUGUAAGUAAGCAACCAGACGGCCGACGGCUU